CGUCACCUCAACGCACGAAGGCUGGGGAUGUGGCGGAAGGGGUCAAUUCCAAACCUCAACCUUCCCCGCCACAUCUGCUGCUGUUGCUGUCAGUCGCCAUGCAACAACAAGAACCACCGUUUGGCCCUGCCACGAGGUUCCCUGCUGCUGGCAUGACUUCGCAGUUCAUUCACCAAGGGUACCUUCAGCGACGCAUGCUUCUCGGGUGGCGAAAGCACUAUUGCAUUCUACGCGGUCGCAGCAUGGAGCUGUAUCGUGUCAAGGGCGACGCCAAGCCCAAGGACACGACACCGACGCGCGUACUGAUCAUCGAACACUUUUACGCCGACUUCCGGUUGGCGGACCAGUUCGACGUGAUCCUACCUCGGGGAGGCAAGAAGACGUUCAAGCUUGAUCCGGACCAAAUCAAGUGCGGCGAACGCAGUCUGUGGGUCCAAGCGCUGCAGACUGCGCUCCUUUGCGAUAAUGCGUUGGAGCGGUAUGGCGAGGAUAUCACCAAGCAGCUUAUGACGUACGCGUCGAAGCAAGUGUCUGAGUUUGGCAGCCUUCGACUCGACGACAGCAUGUGGAAGACGCUGCGAAAGCGGUCGAUUCACGGCGAUCUGUGGUCACGGUUCCAAGAACUCGUGACGAAAGGCAUCGAGUUGACCGAAGUGGUGCCGCCGCCAGCGGUCGGACUGCGGUACCUCUUUUGCAUGGACAUGGGCUCAUCCGCCGCCGCUCCUCGACAAAUACGGCUAGUUCCGAUGGUUCCUAUCAAUAAUGAAGGCACGGACAACAGCAAGAACGAGCUCGAGAAUGGAGUGGUGGACCCCGUUGUUCGUCACAUUGACCUCCAGCAUAUCGUGUCCGUCACCGACUGCAGCGGUGGAAGUGCGACCGACGCCGCCGUCCGCCUCCGUCAGUUUACUCUGACCCAUGUCGUGGAGAAUGAACCCGUCGUCGAAGUAUUUGAAACGGCUUCGACAGAUUUGCGCAGCCGAUUGGUGUUUGGGUUAGCGUACAUUCUGAAGAACUACAAUGCUGCCAAGCAACAGCACAGCCCACGACAGCUGCGGCUGCGGCGACUGAGUCCGCCCACGACAUCAUCGUCGCCUGGACUUCCUACUAUGACCACGCGGGAGGAACGCGCGUCGGCUUCGCAGGUGUCAACCACGUCGAGCCUUGACGUGCUCGGAGGAGUGAGCAACCAGCACGUGGAUGCCGCCAUUCGAAGCUUCAAUGUCCGACCGAAGAACGGCAUUGCCAUGGCCGUGGACUUGGGCGUGAUCGACAACGAGAACCCGACGGCCACCGCCGAGUUUCUCCGCCAUACCAAGGGGUUGGACAAGGAUAAAGUUGGCGAAUACCUCGGCGGUGACGACGCGUUCAGUGUCCACGUGUUGCUGGCGUACGCCAUGUGCUUUGCAUGGGAAGGCAAGCCCUUCGAAGUGUGCCUGCGGGACUUCCUGUCCAAGUUUCGCCUUCCUGGAGAAAGCCAAAAGAUAGAUCGCAUGAUGGAGGCAUUUGCCAAAGCCUUCCACACCAAGAAUCCGCAUGUGUUCCAACAUCACGAUGCCGCACAUAUCCUGGCGUUUUCGACGAUCAUGCUCAACACUGACCUGCACAACAAGUGCAUGACGAACCGGAAUCGGAUGACCAAGUCCCAGUUUGUUCGCAACAACCGCGGGAUCGACAAGGACAAGUCGGACAUUCCGCAUGCAAUCCUCGAAGGCAUCUUUGACAGCAUCAAGAAGCAAGCGGUGGUGACCGUGCGAGAUCGUGACGACAACGGCAACCUCUUCGCGGUACGAUUCCAUUAUUCCUUUCGACUAUGAAAGGAAUAUGCAGAACCCCGACAUGGCUGGCUGGCUCAAGACGUAUCGUCGAUCGGGCAUCAAGACUCGGCGAAGAUGGUUCAUGCUUACCAACCACUGCCUGUACUUCUUCGAUCGCCAAGAAGACAUCGACCCUCUGGGCUUCUACGCCCUCGAGAACGUCAAGGUGCAGUGCAUCACAGGGAGACCGCUGGGGUUCGAACUGCGCGCGGCAGUGGCCAACUCGUCCGUCAAGUCGGCCUUGUACCCUAAGCAAAGAGCGCGCAAGGCCAAGGGUGGACUCGCCAUGCGACCGUUGCAGCGCGUCGGGUUCGCCGCCGAGUCGGCUGGGGAAGCAAAGGCAUGGGUGGCCGUGCUGGAGAAGUUCAUCCUCCUGCAUGAGACCAACGCCUCGCAGCUCGUCAAGAAAGGGCCGGUGAUCCCACCGCCGAUGCUCGCGAGUCAGUCGUUUCGACCGAGAGGCUCCACUUCAACAUCGUUUGAAGAUACGGACGAAGGGCAGCGCAUGUAAAACAUGGACAGGGUAUUUAUGAAAAAUGACGUUUUUUCUAAUUGAAGGCCAACAUUGAGAAAAAUUGAGGUAUAUUUUGACCAAUAAUUGACGUUUUGAGUCCAAC